CCGUUUGUUUACAGUUUUCCUUGCACCGCGUCCAGUCCACCACAGCCGCCGGCAAAAUACAAACGAAUGUGCGGCAUUCCUUUUGCAUUCGUUACGUUUUCGUUCGCGCAUAUUUCCAAAAUAAUCACGGUGCGAGAGUGAAAAUCCUUGAAAAUCGCAGAAUGAAAUCAUCAGCGGUGAAGUGACACAGCUAAAGUCAGUGUGCGUGCUGUGCGAAUGCAGUGACCGUAUACUUGGAAACCUUGCGCAAAUUUUAUUGGAUUACGGAAAAAGUUUCUAGGUGACAAAAAGAUGAACAGUAAUCCGGGAGUGACACUUUUUAACGAUGGUGGAAGCAUUCAGGUGAACAAUGCGAGUGCACUUCAACGCGCCGAGGAAGAGGAAGCGCUGGAAGAUCAAAAGCGUCGACAAGUCGAGCUGGCCAAGCAAAUGGAAAAUGCCUUCGACGAUCUAAUUGAUGACGAUGACCAAAACGAUACACUGAAUUCGUUGAACUAUUUAUCAAACUAUUCCGAACAGCCGGCAGAAUCACCACCUCCACCCCCACUGCCGAUUGUUGGUGGCUCACCGAGGCAGAGAUUUCUUGAGGAUGCUGGUGCAACGAAUGGUCCACUUUCCGGGGGAGGUGAUAGUCGAUACAAUCAUGAAGUUGCGCAUUGGAAAAAUAUGUUCGAAUCAAAAUCGCGCGAGUUUGAACACGUAACUCGAUUGCUGCAUGACAAAACUAAAGAAUUCGAACAGGAGAAGGGUGAACUGCAAAAACGCUUGAUGUUGGCCGAAGGCGAACGGGAUCGGGCAAAUAUGACUCGCACUCAAACGCAUGAUCUGUUGGUAGCGAGUAAAACGAAAAUUUCCGAACAAGAAGAUGUCAUUGGCAAGCUUAGAACGAAAAUCAAAUCACUCGAAGAUACGAAUCUCAAACUCGAAGCCGAACUGGAAAACAAAAAAACGAUGCUCCAGGAUACUUUGCACAAGUAUCACAUGGUCGAGCAGAACAUUGGUCUCAAAGCUGAUCGUUACACGGAUCAACUGCUGAAGCAGUCGGAAGAGAAACAUAACGCGAAAGUUACAAUGAUGCAGCAGCAAAUCGACAAUCUACGCUCGGAUCUGGACGACCGUGUACAGGAAGUGCGCCGACUGGAAGUUCGCUACAAAGAACUGCAAUCACUGCGUGACACGCUGGUUGUGGAAAAGUCCGAAACGAUCCAGCGAUUGCAGGACAAUCUGGAGGAAUCGCAGAGGCACUGCGAGAAUCUGAUGGCAAAAACAACAAAUCUGACCGGGUUUUCGCAGGACAAUCUAAGACUCAAAACGAAAGUGAACGCACUGGAACAGCAGACGCAGGACAUGCAGCGGACCAUCAAUAUGUUAACCCACCGACUGGAAACAACCAACGCCGAACUGGAACUGAUGGAUAGUUUGGUUUGUGCGAAGGACGAAACAGGUGAGUUGGCCGGCGAAUCCGGCUGUAAUUUUGCCGUUACCCGGAAAAAUCUGGUCGGCAGCACUCCCAUCAAUCCGAGCAUGAAAAAUACGGAAGAACGAGUUACGAAACUGAAGCACGAGUUGUUAAUUUGCAUGAACGGACAAAAAGAGAAACGAGAAGCAAUUAAAAAAUUGGAAGCGGACGUGGCAUCCCGGGAUAAGGAAAUUCAGCAACUGAAAAAAGAUGAAAGUAUGGCUCUGGUUCAAAUGAAUCAAUACAAGGAGGAAGCCUUUCGGGUCAGCUCGAAACUCAAAAUUUUAGAGAACGAAUUGGAGAAGUAUUACAAGAAGGAACAGCACACUUCCAAACAGGGACGUAGAUCCAGCUACGAUAAACAGGAUGUUUUGGAGGAUAAAAUAUUUGCACUCAAGCAGGAAAAAGUUGAACUGGAAGAGAAGCUAACACGGUUGGAAAACGAAUAUCGAAAGCUUGAAGAAAUUAACAAAAAGUUUGAAACGGACUCGAAAUCUUUUGAUGGUGUCAAGCUGGAACUAGAAAAACAGAAAUUUCUCCUCAAAGACGCUCAGAGUGAAUGCGAACGGUUGAAGAACCUGUACAUUGAAAUGUCCAGCUGCAAGGAUAACGUUUGCAGGGAAUUGGAAGCUCUCAAACGCAAGGACACGGAAAAGGAGCUUUCGAUUCUGCAUGAGAAAGUAGCAUCUUUGGAACGUGCUCUACAACUGGCAGAGUUGAAGGCAUCUGAGUUGAGUAAAAUGCUUGAGAAGGAAAAACUUGAUCACGAAAAACUUCUGAAAGAUCUCAGCGAAAGGCGCGAGAAUGAUCGCGAAGCAAAGGAUCCCAAUAAAAGCACGAACAGCUGUGAAAGAUGCGUUGAGAAUCUAACGGAGAUGUCAAAGGUCGAGAUUCAAAAUCUACAACUUCAAAACACAUGUGCUUCGCAUCUGCGUGAAAUCAACGAACUAAAGAACGCCUUGCACAAAUCACGUGCCACCAUUAACGAUCUUAACAAUAAGCUUGACCUGAAAGCCGAGAGGGACUAUCUGAUCGAUGAACUCAAACAGAAGGCUGUCCAGUUCGAGGAAUUCAUGCGCAAUCAACACGCCAACAACAGCAACACCAGCAGCGGUAACAGUUCAACGAAGGACUGUGCCACAUCGCCGCUCCCACAGCAUCCGUCACGUGAUCAGAGUGUGGGUACCUCUCCGGAGCUGCUGGAAAGAACCGAACAGGAAAGUCGUAAGGUUGCUCGCGAACAGGAACACCGGAUACGCGAGGAAAUGGCACGGGCCUUCGCUGCCGAAAUGAAAAUUAUCGAGGAAAAGUUCAAGACGCAAUUCCGGAAGUUUGAGGAAAACAUUUCGGCUUUGAAAAACGAACUGCACGAUCGGGUCAACGAGCUGUUGACACGCAGCAAAGAAGUCGAGGUGCUGAAGUUUGCCAUCAAAGCCGAACGGGAGAAGAUGGCGGAAAUGUUGGCCAAAAAGGACAACGAUGCUCGGUUGCUGUUCGACAAACAGGCUGAGGUGAUGAAAAAAUAUAAAGCCGAACUGAACAAUGCUCAGCAGAAGGUGCAAUUUCUCGAGGGUGAACUGCAGGAAAAGCGAGAACUAAUCCAGUCCGAGCGCGAAUCGAUGGCAAUGCUGACGAAACAAAUCACCGACGAGCGCAAGAUGUUUCACGAGCGGGAAAGUGAAGUGAUCGAAAAAUUCAAGGAAAUCGAAGAGGAAUACAACAAAAGUCUGGAGAUGGUAACCGAAAAGUACAACUCGGUGAAAAAGACGGCUCUCAACUAUAAGAAAUACGCAGAGGACAAGGAACAGCACAUGUUGAAGGAGUACGAUCGCAUCAAGGAGGGAUACAAUACUGCACUUUUGAAAGUACAAAACCGCAUGAAGGAAGCACUGGAAAGUAAAGAUCGCAGCAUGAAAGAACACAUCUCAAAGCUCGAGGCUGAUUACCGGUCCAAGAUAAAUGCACUGAAAGGAACUGCCUAAACACCAACUUAAAAUCCAAUGUGUGUUUGACGCUUACUCAUUUGAGAUUGUCGAUGUACUCCAGAACGAGAGUAGCAAUUAAUUUUAAAAAGGUGUGACUGCCCAAAAGCGCUUAUGCAACAAAAAAAGCUUCUAGAGUAAAACAGUAGUGCUAAUCCGGAACCGAUUGGUCCUAGAAAUGCCUUCGAUGUAUCGUUAGUGAAAAGUGUGUUCCCAAUACAUAUCUACCAGGUUAUCAUUUAUAGAAAGAAAGUAAAACUGCCCUAACCUCUGCCAUUUUUGUUCAAUCACUGGUAAUAAGUAUGUGAUAAGUGGUCGGUGUGCCUGACAAAUCUCCAUUACAAUUGUUGAUCAUAGAUAAUUUAUAAUGUGCAUCAAUUGAAUCAUCGAUAAGUAUUAACAAAUAGAAUGAUGUUUACAGAAUAAAUAUUGGUGU